UCGAGCUGCUGACCAAAAAGACAUGUUUUGCUAUAAGGCAUUGCUGUUUUUUUCUUUCCUUUUUUCCCACUCCCUCCUUUAUUAAGCUCGGCCCCCUCUCUCAGUCUAACCCCCCUUUCUUCUUCUUCUCAGAGAGUCCCAGAGCCAAAAGUAGAGGAAAACAUCUGGAUUCUGUUUUUCAAGGAGAAGAGGGGGAAGGAGUGAGAAAGCGAGAAAGAGAGAGAGAGAGCACAGGACAAAAUCAUGGCUGUAGUGAGCACACCCCAAAAAACCCCCACUUUGGCAAGUUGCGAGUGGGAGAGGGAAAGUUGACAACUUACUAAGAUGCUGACUUGGAGCAGACAAGGAUACAUUCUACAGCCUAGGAGAUCCGAAGACCUGUCCAGAUACACAGCAGCUACAGGUCUAUUCUGGAUCAUGUGCUUGGGUUGAGAUCCUCAGCUUUGGAUGCACUUUUUUUUCUGUGGAUUUAACAAGUUUGUAAAAUUUGGAUUGUGGGUCUUCACGUCUGGGAUUAGCAAGUGCUGAAUGCAAACCUAAGAAAGGUAGCGGAGGCGACAACUCAUACACCCACAGACACAACAAACACAGACAGCCAGCACUAGUUUCACAUCACACCUUGGAGGCUGCUGGCUGCCAGAUCACGCCAGAGAAGAUAUCUCUAAGAAACAAAAAGAAUGGACUAAACAGUGUUCUUCCGCUGUACCAUCAUUGAUCCUUUGUAGAACAAUUGACCAGCUUUAGGUCACCAAAACAGCCAGGAUGAGCAUCUACAAGCAUUACCUGAAUGUGUCAAAGAUCUGUGAACAUUAUAACCAUACUAAAGGGAUUAAAAAGGACAGCUCUUCUCGAGAUGUCAUCUCCGUAAUCUUUAUUAUCAUUUGCUGUGUCAUUAUCCUGGAGAACAUUCUUGUCCUUAUUUCAGUUUGGAGGAACAAGAAGUUUCACUCCGCCAUGUUUUUUUUCAUCGGAAAUUUGGCAUUUUCAGAUCUUCUUACAGGAUGUGCCUACAUUGCUAAUAUCUUACUAUCUGGUAAAACCACCUUCACAUUAACUCCUGUGGCCUGGUUUAUCCGUGAAGGCACGGCUUUCACAACUCUGGCUGCUUCUGUCUUCAGUCUGUUGGCUAUAGCCAUUGAAAGACAUGUGGCUAUUGUUAAAGUCAAAGUCUACAGCAGCGACAGGAACUGUAGGAUGAUAAUCCUGAUAGGAGCUUGUUGGGUUAUUUCAAUGGUUAUCGGAGGUUUACCCAUCAUUGGCUGGAACUGCAUUGGAAACUUGGAUGAAUGUUCCACCGUCUUCCCGCUCUAUGCCAAAAAGUACAUUUUGUUCGUAGUUACUAUCUUCACAAUUAUACUAAUCUCCAUUGUGAUUUUAUAUGUCCGUAUAUACUGUAUUGUAAAGUCAAGCCAUGCAGAAAUAGCUGCACCACAGACUCUUGCCCUCCUUAAAACAGUAACGAUAGUUCUUGGAGUUUUUAUUAUCUGCUGGCUUCCAGCUUUUACUAUUCUCCUUAUGGAUGUGGCUUGUAAAGUGAAAUCCUGCUCCAUUCUCUACAAAGCUGACUACUUCUUCGGGGUGGCCACCUUGAAUUCGGCAUUGAACCCUAUCAUCUAUACUCUGAGGAGCAAAGACAUGAGAAGGGAAUUUCUGAGGGUGCUUUGCUGUUGGAACUAUGUGCAAAAGAACAGAAACGCUGAUAAAUGCAUGCUCCACUUACGUAGUUCUAGCUCUUUAGAACGUUGCACGCAAAAACACUAUUUUCCCACCUCACCUGUCAUAAAGGACUGCAAUACGUUUGUGUGAUUAGGAGCGUAACAACUUUUCAAUGCUUUUUGGACAGAAGAACCCUUCUAUCUAAAAGUAAAACUGGUGGUUAUUAUGUGCGAUCCGAACAAGAUUACUUUGGUAUGGCUACCAGAUCUGGGAAGGUAUAUUGACGACAUUUCCUUACCUUUUGGGCCUGAAACUAUUUUUCCUGCCAGGUUUUAGACCUAAGGUCUUCAGAGAAAAGCUCUUGAGAAAACAUAGCACUCUAUGUUUGCAGUGGGAGUAAGACGAUAAGUGUGGCAUAAAAAAUGUGAAAAACAGUGUGUUAUAUGUGUAGACAUGGGCAAAAAAAGCAAUUACAGUAUUCUCUGGCCAGCGGAAAGGAAGUGGUUCUACACUCCAAAAAUAAGUCCACAAAAAGACUUUCAAUGUCAUUACAAGGUAGCCAAUCACAUGAGCUGACAUUGAUAAAAAGAAGCACAUUUUCACAUUUUUAAUUGCAAAAUUAAAAAGAAAAAAAUUGAAAGGCUGUUGCACACUAAGAUUAUUAAAUAAUCUUUACUACCCCUUACCUUAAGCAGGAAUUUCCUUAAAGGAGUCAUCUACCUUUUUAAAAAAAAAAUUGGUUCACCUUCCCUUUCCUCAAAUCUAUCAAGCGAAGUAUACUUAAAUGCUCCACAAUGGUAGGUCCCAGCUCCUUUGGUCCACCAAUGCAUUUGCAACGCUCUGCUCUACCUUCCUCCCAGUGAACUUCCAGCCAACUGUGUCACAUGCAGCUUGGAGCCUGUUAUUGGCUUUCGUGGCACAAAUGACCCACAUCCGUGAGAGGUGACUCGAGCGCAUUAAAUGCAGCGGUGGAUGGAAGGAUUCAGAACUCAGAAGCAGGGAGCAGGUAAUUAUGUUCCGCAGAGGGUGGAUACAAAAACUGUUAAAAAGGUGCAGAACCACUUUAAUGCUAUUACUUAUUUCAAAAUGUUACACGUUUAACAUAUAUUUUAUCUUUGUAAUUUUAACUUCUAUAUUGCACUUAAAAGCUGAUGCAAAAAUUGCUGAUAUCUGUUGCCGCAAUGAUAGUCAACAUUCUAGCAUUAAUAAGCCUGAUCCCCCACCACUCUAAAAAUUUUGCUUACAAAAAUUUUGCUUACAAAAAUUUUAAUAAAAAUUAUUCACUUGCCCAAAGCUUUAGUAGGUAGUGACAUAAAUAGACCACUAGUUGGCACUAUUUUGGCAAUGUACAGUAUUGUUAUAAAUUAUAGGAACGGUGGGGCUCGGCCCAGUCACUAGCACUGACAAGAAUUGAGCGAAAACACAGCUAUCAUUUCUAAAUUGUAUCAAUUUAGAAAUUUCAAUAAUAAUUUCGUAUACAUAUUUUAUAUAUAUAUAUAUAUUCCUUCCCCCUGUCCUCCAGACCAUACACAAGUAAAUUAUAGACAUAUGAAAAUAGUUUUUUUUUUAUAUUACUGACUGAUCUUAAGGAGAUCGUUACAUUUAGUAACUUAUGAUGAUGUCAUCAGAACUUCAAAAUAUAAUUUUUUUUCUUUUCGAAUAUAUUGCAAUUGAUUUUAUUGCACUUUUUAUAAAGUCUGCUUCUUUUUAUUUUUUCAAAAACAGCCACUGGAGCUGAGGCGCAAUACCAGAUGUAGCCUUUGGACAAGUGUGGCACUGUUUUUGAAAGAAAUUAAAAAAAUAAAAACAGGCUCUUUUUUUUUUCUAACAUCUCAGAAACCACUAAAAAGAUGAUUCUCAUAUUUUGUCAAUGUUUGUUCAUUUUAAGUCCGGCCACACCAAUAAAAAUUCUCUGUUUGUUGGAGAGACAUAAAACAGAGCCGCACUCAUAGACUUCCUGUGGGAACCUUCUCAUCCCAGCAGGAAAUGGAAGUGAAAAAAGUCUUACUAUCAACAAACUUCAAAUAGCAGCAUUAUUAUGAUCACGAUUCCUUUUCAUUUGGUCUGAACCAUGAAGACUAGGUCAGAAGAAUUAGCAGCCAUCCUCAUCCAGGGAGGGUCAGGGCACUACACGCCUAAAUCUACAGUACAGGAUGAGAAUUGGGCUACAUCUCUUAUAGAAUAGCCUGGGUUUCAAGUUGCAGCAGGCUAAACUGUGGCAUGUGGCUACUUGCAAGUAUCAGUAAAAUCACAAGAUUACAGGAACGAGGCCUUCAGGCAUCUCCAUGAAAAAAAUAAUUGCACAGGACCAUUGCUUGCCAUGUAGCUCUAGCACAAUUGAGUAAUUGGAAAAGUUCUCCAUGAGGAAUAUCACUGUAAUUAUUGAACAUGUCAUGCCACUUUAAAGGCUAUGGAUACCUUCUGGAUAGCGCAGGGCUCUUUUAUUUACCAUAACACACUGCCGGGUGGAGACUUCCGCCCAGCAGUGUGUUCGGUGAUGUCACCGGC